UAUUUGUAUUUUUAAAUGGCUUUUUACUGUUGCUAACAUUUCAGUAGUGUUAUGCUAGCUGUCGUAGCCGGUAUUUAGAUACUAAUCAAUGAGUGGAUGAUACAGUUAUAACAGAGAGAAUGUAUUUUAUCGUGUGAGGUAUGAAAGAUAAAAGUGCAGCUUUACAUCGGGCAGAAGAGGAAUAUCAGGCCGAGUCGAGGGCAGUUUUAAAGGCUGCAGUAAGGCGAUGGCUGCUGGAUGCUGGAGGCUCUGUGUGUAUCUUUGGUCUGUGUGUUUUCUGCUCGUCUACACACACUGUCACACGUGUAAUCACAAAGUGCCCUUGUCCUCAGAGAUAAUACAUGAUGUCUACCUGAGAUCACCAAGGCUGACAAAAAGAAGCACUGAAAAGCAGUUAAAGAUACAAAUAUUUUAUGACUCCAGCUUGGAUGUGUUAGAUGAGGACAAGAGCAGUCUUGUGAAGGACAAACUCUUCCCACAAGCCAUUAAUUAUCUCCAGAUGGCUUUCAGGGUGCGUAGAGAGACAGGUCCUGUUUUAUUAAGCAGACAAUGUGCAACAAAUCAAUAUCUGCGAAAAAAAGAUGAACCUCAUCGCUAUUGCCAAGAAGCUUGUGCAAGUAUCACAAAAUGUGGACCAGUCAUUGUGCCCGAGCAACAUUUACAGCAAUGCAGAGUAUGCAGCGAGACCGGGAAGUCAUGUGGCCCAAACGGAUCUCCAGAUGGUCAGGGUGUUGAAGGGGCAGAUUUUGUGUUGUAUGUGAGUGGGGUAACCACAGAGCGUUGUGGCCAAGAAAACAUCGUGGCCUAUGCAGCAUACUGCCAGUUGGAGGCCGAACUAGACAGGCCCAUUGCUGGAUAUGCCAAUUUGUGUCCAAAUAUGAUCUCAACUCAGCCUCAGGAGUUCGAGGGCAUGCUCUCCACGGUCAAGCAUGAGAUUAUGCAUGCCUUGGGUUUUUCAGCUGGGCUCUUUGCAUUUUACCACGAUGAUGCCGGAAAACCUCUCACUCCACGCUUUGCAAGCGGUUUACCAGCAUUUAAUGAAAGUUUGGGCCUAUAUCAGUGGAGUGAUAAAGUCAUAAAGAGAGCGACACGAUUGUGGGACAUCCACGGAGGACACAUGAUCCGACACGAGGUCCACCUGAUGGUUACUCCACGAGUUGUAAAAGAAGCUCGGAGACAUUUCAACUGCCCUAUUCUCGAGGGUAUGGAGCUGGAAAAUCAAGGGGGCAUGGGCACAGAGCUAAACCACUGGGAGAAACGCUUACUAGAGAAUGAAGCGAUGACUGGAUCUCAUACACAGAACAGAGUUUUUUCCAGGAUAACUCUGGCUAUAAUGGAAGAUACAGGGUGGUACAGAGCCAAUUACAGCAUGGCAGAAAACUUGGAAUGGGGCAAAGGUUUGGGUUGUGACUUUGUGAUGAAAAGCUGCAAAUUCUGGAUUGACCAGCAACGAAAGACGAGGCCAAAGCUGACCCCAUACUGUGACUCCGUGCGAGGUGUGCCUCUACAGCUCUCCUGCAGGCAGGACCAGCUGGCAGUGGCUGUGUGCAACCUGCAGAAGUAUCCUCAGCCUCUGCCUCAAGAAUAUCAGUAUUUUGACAGUAUACCUGGAGUAGCUACAAAGGAUUUGCCCUUUUAUGGAGGUUCAGUGGAGAUUGCAGAUUUUUGCCCCUUCAGUCAGGAGUUCAGCUGGCAUCUAAAUGGAGAGUACCAGCGCAGUUCCUUCUGCAGAAUUCAGGAAAAUCAGCCAGACUCCUUUAGGAAUUAUGGGGCCGAAGAAUAUGGUCCUGACUCUGUUUGUCUGUACCAGAAGUCAGCUUUUGUCAUGGAGCAGUGCAAUAAACGCUUUACUUACCCAGACUGGGGAAGUGGCUGCUAUAAGACAUCAUGCUCAGAAGAAGGUUUAAAAGUAUGGGUGCAGGAUCAGAGCUUUCUGUGUGUACAUGCUGGCCAGGUGCUUAGUGUCAAUGUGAGGAUGAAUGAGUGGGUGUACAGUGGGCAGCUGAUCUGCCCUGCCUGCUCAAACUUCUGCAGCAACUGCCCUCUUCCUCAUGAGCUCCCACCAAUCAACACUACUCGCACUGUUCGCAUAGACCCUUGCUCCAGCUCUUCUGGCAUGGUGGUGACAUUGUGGCGGCUCCUGUGCAACCUCAUUCCUUUGCUGGUGGGCUUCAUGCUGUGUGUAAGGAAUUAAAAGGCGGUGCUCAGAGAUAUUGUAUUGGUGUACACUGUCAUCUUUCCUGUGAACAAGAAGGCCAUAGUCAAAGUUGGUUGGAAAAAGCCAUUGACUGCACUUUGCUGUCUUGCUAUGAAGUGGCAGUCAGAGGUAUUUGAGAACAGAAGCCAUAGUCGUGCAAGUAGGCGAGCAGCAGGUGAAAAAAUGCUGGUGCUAAUGUGUCGUCUUCUACAUAUCUUCGGUGGACAGUGGAAUCAACGAAAGUGUUUUUUUUUAAAUGCCAGUGCUUAUUGGAUGUGAAUGUGUGUGGUGUGUCUACAGUAUAAGUGUAUCUGACAAAUCUAGGAGAAACCUCCUAAAGCUAGAAGGUCCAACCUCUCAUUUUAAUGGUAAUGUUUGUAUCGGCAUGUACUGUAAGAAAGGAAAGAAACUACAAGUAGCUCAUAAUUUCACUUUUUAUAGAUAUAUUUACUAUGAAGUUUUGUAUUUAUUUGAGUAAACAGUGUUUUAAAUUGUCAUAGGCUUUUAAAUUGUACAUUUUAAUUAAGCAAAGAUUGUUGAACUGGUUUCUUAUAACAAGCAAUGCACUAAUUUGAAACACAUUAUAAGUGCACUAGGCCGGUUUUACAGUGUAAUCCUGUUAGUCAUGUUGGUUAUUCUCCCCAGUUAGUAAAUAUGACUUUGGAUUUUUUUUUUUUGUCUUUUUUUUAAUACUUUAUCUUGAAUGUCUGUGAUUAUUGUCACUUUAAUUUAAAAAGUUGCAUUGUCAUUAUCAGCACUUAAUCACAACAAAGGUAAAAGAUUGGGGCAUCGGUUGAAAAUUAUGUUUGUUAUAAUGUGUUGAAAGGAUCAGCACAUCGUUCAAUAAGCUUAUUGCUUUUUUUCUAAACUGCAGUGGCAGUCUCUGGAAGUUCUUAAAUGAAAUAUAUUUCAACAUUUAAAUUCUGUUUUUGUAUAUAAUCCUAUAGUAUGCUUUUUACUUGAACGACUGCCAGAUAUCUGAUAUUGGGUAAAGACAAAACACUGUGCAAAAGCAUUUACUAAUCUGUAGAAAUUUUAGAUUGUAAUUUAACAAUUUUACAAUUGUUUCACUGAAAAUCUGCAAUUCUUUUCUAUGUUAAUACUACAAAAGCAUUUAUAGUUCAGCUUGCACAUAUAACAUUCAGGGGUAAACAGCAUGUUAGUGCUGAAGAAGAGAAUAUAAGCAUCAUUAGCCUUUAUCUUGCAUUUCUAAUACGUUUAUUAAUUUGGAUUUUAAUUCAUUUCACUCAUUCAAUCUGAAGUCUGUUGUAUCAUUUAUAUAAUUUAAUUAACAUAUUAAAUAGAAUUUUUUUGUGUGUGUAGCUAAUAACACAUUUUAGUUAAUUAAAAGUUUGUUCCACUAAUAGAAGAUCAAAUGUGGCAGCUUGCAUUAAUCAGUUAUUACACGACAUAUUGUGCUAUGAUUUAGCAUAAUGUGUGUCAAAGCAUCAAUAACUUAUUUUGCUGAAAUUUUUUAAUUAAUCCCUGUGCUGGGGGUUUAUUUGAAUACAAACAUACAAAUGUUUUUAUUGCUUUAUGAAUAAUUACAAAAUAAAUCCAGCUCCAUCUAAACAGAUAACAAAGUGUUUUUAUGUAAAUGCAGUGUAAAUGUUUUUUAAAACGUGCAGUUUAUGCACUAAUAUCUAACUGAACAAGCCUUAUAACUCCCCAAAGUCUAUUUCUACUGAAGCCAGGGACAGGAGCUUAUAAUGUACCAGAACUCACUUUCCAUAAUUUAUUUCUAUUUGAAGGUGGCAUGGAAUCAGGGUCUCUGUCACUGCAUGUAUCUUUCAUUUCACUGUUGGUCUGAAAAGCUGUUUUCCAUUACAGGUUUAAAGGGAGUUACACUUGUUAACAUGAGAGACGAUAUCACACAGAUGCUGAGGUGGCUCUGAUGUAAACUGAUGAUAUGUUGUAUCUGAUUAAAUUUGUACACAUUGUUAAGAGUCAGUAGUAGACUUCAGUUAACUUUGUUUACAUUAAAUAACGGCUUUAUCGAUAAACAAAAAACAUUUUUUUGUCAUGCAAGACUCAUUUUUAAAUGCCAGCUUGCUGCUAUUGCUUUAUUUAUGUUUUGUUUCAUCGUGUUUAAUUGUUAUUAUUAAUGUGAUUUUUAUUUAUUUAUUUUUUGCAAACAUACAAGAUGAUUUUUUUUUGCCAUAUCUGUACUCCACUGUUUUAAUUCAAAUGUAGAUUUAAUUGAUUUUAGAUUAUUUUCCCGUAUCAAUAUCUUAGAACUCCAGAGAACGUACUGGAUGUCCAUGCUGUACUUAUUUAAUUACAGGUCUGUUUUAGCUAAAGACACAAUUGAAGACACAGAUUACACAUGGCUUGUGCUAAAUCUUAGCAUACUAAUUGUGGAAACAUCUUUCAGCCUGUGGCUUAAUGAUUGUCAGAUAUAUGCACCACUACCUCAUAAUCAGUUAAUUUUGUGUUACAAUGCAGUGGAGUUUUUUUUAAAUAGGUAAUAAGUAAUCAUUCGAAUUCAGAUAGAUAAACAAGGACAAAGCGUUUAUAGGGAAUGUGACACAUUUGUGAACGACCAAAGACAAUUCUAUGCAUAACGCUUAAUGAUUCUCACACAAGUCUUUUUUUUCCAUGUACAAAAAUUGCAUUUGCAUUUCUUCCCAACUUUUUUUCCACAUUGUAUAUUAAUGCUAACUGUAGAACAAAUUACACUGUAUUUCUCAUUUUUUGUUUUCUUGAAUAAACAUUUAAUGUUAUAUUGCAA